UUUAAAAAUCUUCAGUCAACGGUGAUGGUUACCUAGACCAUUUGAAGCAAAACACCGUUGCAAACUUUAAAGUUUAGAACAUGAUCGUUUGUCGCUGAGAACAGAGGAAUCCGUUAAAAGAACUAUUAUUUGCGAAUACCUAUAGCGUUAUGUCAAAUCCCGGCGUUUUGGAUUUAACAGAGUAUCGAAUUAACAACGAAGAUCCUUUAGGGCUCACUAACCAAACCGCAAUCUUAAUAUGCGGGAUGGGCGCCAAGGAACUUCUUCCAAAAAUGAGAGACAAGAAUAUAUCGACAGAAGUUCUUGCCGACUUGACAAUUGAUGACCUGAAACUACUCGGUGCUACUCCCGAGCUCGCAGAUCAUAUGUCCAAACAAAUAUCUCCAUUAGCAAAGCGAUUACGUCGUCCCACCAUAACAUCCCAGAAAAGAUUGGAUGAGCUUUCUAAUGCUCUUGUAAACAGCAACAAGCAUCUUGCUCUACUGCACGCUUUCAUUGCCUAUGCUAGACUACGGAUGGAAAAGGCAUCCAUAGACUCAUUUAUUGAACGUGAUCAAAACUUGUACAGUAGCCAGGCUUUGGAAAUGGCCAUUGAGGCCACGAUUUGUGAAAUCCACGAUGCCAGAUCAGCUCUGAAAAAUUUGGAACUAUUUUUGAUGGGUGAAACUACCUCAAAGAGUCCAGCUCGUUACGCACAGUUUGCUGCAUUUAGUACUGUGGCACUUAUCGCCUGUUUAGUAUUAAAGAAAAGGAGUGAGUACCACGGAUGUAGAACUCACCUGUAACGUGGCGAUCGAUUCUUGCUGUUGCUGUUUUUGCAAUGCCAAUUCGCGCUCCCUGUCCCUUUCAACUCUCAGCUUCCUUGCAACUUGGAGGAGCUGCGGCGCACUCUCUGCUCUCACCCGCAUCUUCUCAACUCUACCAAGUAUCACCUCUCGCUCUUUCUCCAUUGCUUCUAGGUCUGUCUUCAGCUCCGCAGCAGCUUCUCCACCCUUUUGUAAACAUGUUAUACCCAAUAAACGUAAGUGUAAUUAAAA